UAUGAUGUUGUUCAGUCAGGCAUCCAAGUCCAACAGAAAGACCGAACCAUGAAUCUUCAAGAUAUCCAGUAUAUUCUGAAGAAUGACCUAAAGGAGAACAUUGGAGCACAGAGAACUCAGCCAGUGGAAAGCCCCAGGGUGUAGAGAUGUGAACCCUAUCCUGAUGUCAGGGUCUAUCUAGGACUGACUUCAGAACAUCCAAAGCCCAGUGCAGACUUGGAAAUCAAAGAACUAAAGGAAUCAGGCAGUCAGCCCCAUUCACCAAGGGGUCACUUUUCUCCCACUGCAAAAGCAGCAUUAGCUCCUCAGGCCCCAGAUCCAAGUCUGAUGGCCCAGAUGCCUCAGAAUCCAGAUGCUCCUUCUCCUCCUGCUCUAUUUGUGGCAGAAACUAAGAGCCCCAGUGCUAGUCAGGACAGCCUCCACAGCUUCGAAAUCAAUGAAAUCUACUCAGGCUGCUUGAAUGUAGGAGAUGACACAGAGGAAGAAUGCCCAGGUGGUACUUCAGCUCUUGAGGGUGGUAAACCAAACCAGGCAGAUGAACUGCCAUCCCUGGAAGAAGAGUUGGAUAACAUGGAGGAAGAGGCACACCUUUGUGAUGAGGAUGAGAGCUCCUCAGAAGCUGACACAGAGAUCUUCUUUGGGGACUGGGACUGGCAAAAUAGUUCACUUAGUUUACUCAGCCUGCCUGAGCCAACCAGAGAAGCCAAGGACAAGGUGAGCAGCUGGUCCAAGACUGAGGAGUGCAUCAGUAAAUGUGUGCUGAAUCUAAAGAUUUCCCAGACAAUGGCUCAUGAGAUUACAGAUUUGGUGGGGAACAUUGAGCAGAAAUUAGAUGAGGUUGAGUUGAUACAGAAGAAGUACAUAUCUUUGUGGACUGCUUCAAGAUUAUUUCCAGAUGUCUGUGACUUACCUAGAGCAGUGAGUCCUCCAAGUUUAAAUUACAUUCAUCCUGUUACACAGGUGUCAGGGGGCCCCCAGCCAGAUACUAAUGGCAGUUGCCCAACCCUGCCAAGGUCUGCAAGAACACUGUCAACUCUUUGUGAUCCUGGAAAACAGGACACAGGUGAACCAUUUCAGGCCACUCAAGGAGCCAAGGACUAUUUGGAAAGGAAGAAGAACCAAGAUAGUAGGAUCAAUGUGGAAUCUAUGUCUUCUGUAAUCUCUAAUGUGAAGUCAGAAAACAAAGAUGAUGGAAAGAUCCACUUAAAAUGGAAAAUGGAUAUGAAAGAAAUGGCUGAGAAGGCAGCUAGUGGAGAGCUCCCGGUCCUUCCUUGGCAUCCUCAGAGCAGUUCAACUUUGAAGAGUGAGGCUAUACAUGGGUCCAUGUCCUUGUUGCAGCCCCCUGCUAGGGGCCCUAAAAAUUUGGACUGUCAGCGAGGUGUGGAGUUUCACAGAGAGAAGGAAAAGACAAGAGGAAAUGAUCAAAUGGGGAAAAUGGACAGCUGUGACCAUGACAGUGAGAAACAUGGCAGGCAGCCUGGGCCGCAGAGCUUCACAAGUAUCAGGCAUCUUUCACCCAGGAAAAAUAAGCAGCCAGAGCCUAGUGAAGGCUUUCAAGCAUGUUCUGACCUGCCUGUGACCAUUGAGAAAUCUUACAAUGAUCAGGACACACCAUCAUCAUGUUCACCAGAAUCUUAUGAGGAAAGAACAGAUGAAUUUUUAACUCCAGAUUAUGAAUAUUUUUAUUCCUCAGCUGCUCAAGAAAACUUACCUCUAGAGACGUCAAGUCCUAUACAAGAGAACAUUGAAGGAAUAGAAGGUGCAUUUGCCCAACUGCAAGGCUAUGGUGAGGAAAAGUUCCAAAUGAAAAAAAUUCUUGGAAAGAACACUGAGAUGUUCACCAGGUUCCAAUCUUUGCGAAGUACUGAAUGUGAACAAGAAACACUAAAGGAGCCACCAAAGGAACUGAAAGAAAAAGACAUAUCAUUGAUAGACAUUCAAAAUCUGUCUAGUAUCUCCUAUGAACCAGAUGGCUUUUUUAAGGAAACUUCAUGUGAAACACCCAAAGUAAGCCACACACCUACUAGUGUCAGAACUCCACUCGGCCUAGAAUUAGUGGAAGCCAUCUCACAACAGCAAACUGAGGAGCUACCGCCACCAUCUCAGGAGCUGCUUGAAGAAAUUGAUCCAAAGCAUUUGGAAGAACAAGAAACAGGCAGUGAUAAAGAAGACAGCAGUUUACUUUGGACCAGAGAAUUGCAGAAUCUAGGAGAGGACACAGAAAGAGCUCACUCUACUCUGGAUGAAGACUUGGAAAGAUGGCUACAGCCACCUGAAGAGAAGAACAUAGAGCUACAGGACCCCUGCAAAGUCUUUAGAAGGGACACAGAAACCAAAGAUCAAGACUUUGGUGAAAAGAAGAUCAAAAGGAAAGAAAGCAUCAAGCCAGAGAUAAGGAAAUCAGAGAACUUUUUAGGGACUUGUGAUGGAGAUGAACUAAAAACUUGUUUUUGGAAGCGACUGGGUUGGUCUGAACCAUCAAGGAUAAUCGUGCUGGAUCAGAGUGACUUGUCAGAUUGA